CCCUUCCUUUUAUCCAUUUUCAUGAUCUAUCAAACCCUAAAGCCACACCCUUUCAAAACCCUAAAUUAUUCAGUACAAAAUGAGGAAGAACACAAACCCCAUUGCCAUUACCACCUCCACCAAGCGCUCAAAGAUGAGGUCUUGCACCAAUUCCCUUUGUUUCUUCUGUCUAAUGAAGGAGACCCAUGUUCCAACAAGAAGAGCUGGAAUGAAGCAUUUUUUGAGUGAGUUACCUUAUAGUGACGACCAUGACCAUGUCCUUGUCCUAAGUGCACUUUGGCACAUAGCCAUGGCUCAUCCAAAUGACAAAGAGUACCCCUCUCUUGGUGUGUUUGAAUGCAUGGGAAGUUUGAUCCAAAGGGGCCUCAAGGACAAGGGUUGGGUUCUUAGGGACCAAAACAUUUACAUCCCCUAUUAUGCAGCUCAUGUUAUUGGAUCUUACACCAUGCACAAGGCUGAGUUUGCAGAGAAAGCAGUGGAAUCAGGAGUGAUUCCACCAUUGAUGGAGCUUUUGAGAGGUAAAAUGAGCUGGGUUGAACAAAGGGUCAGUGUUAGAGCACUUGGUCACCUUGCUAGCUACAACUCAACUUUUGAAGCUCUUGUUGAAUACCAAGAGGAAAUUGUCAAAUCAGCCAUGGAGAUUGCAUCCUCCUGCCUUGAUUUAGUGUACGAAAAAUUUGUAGGAUCAAGUGAAGAGAAUAGAGAGAAAUACCACAGAGAUUUGCUCACAAGAGGUGUUGGUGGGAGAGAAAUUGAGGAUAGAAAGGCAGAGGAAUGGGCUAGCCAACUUCAAUGUUGGUGUCUUCAUUUGGUCAAAUGUUUUGCUUCCAAGGGGAGGUGCUUGAAUCUCAUUUGCAACAACAACCCAAUUUUCUUGAGGGAUUUAUGUGGAAUGUGGGGUGGAUUGUCAAAUUACACCUCAACUGGUGGAGUUGGGCUCAUAAGAAUCUUGAGUUACAAUAAACUUUCGAGGAAGUUCAUUGCUGAAUCCACACAAAUAAUUGAGACCCUCUGCAAUUUGUGUAGAUCUUCAGAUGACUGGCAAUACCUUGGCAUUGAAUGUCUUUUACUCCUUCUCAAAGACCCACAAACCAGGUACAAAGUCAUUGAAAUUGCUGCGUUUUAUCUCGUAGAUUUGGUGGAAAUUAGAAGGCUUGGAAAUAGAACAAACAUUAAUCUAGGUGAAGCCAUCACACAAGCCCUCCUAUCAGAUUACAACCAAAUGGAAACACAAUUCCUCAAGAACAAUCAAAAUCUCCAAAGGGUUCUAAGAGAAAUAUGGGUUCUGAAAGUGGAGAGGGAAAGGAAAGAGAAAUUGUUAUGUGAGGAGAGGCUUGAAGAGAAGAGGGCAUUGGUGAAUCUCAUAAAACAAGCAGCCAAUGAACUGUUUCGAUUGGGAGAAAUAGAGGCCGCUAUGAGAAAAUACAAAGAAGCCUUAGAUUUGUGUCCGUUGAAGUUUAGAAAGGAAAGAAUGGUGCUUCACAGUAACAAAUCACAAUGCCAUUUGCUGUUAAGGGAUCCGGAUGCAGCCAUUAGUGACUCAACUCGAGCUUUGUGUUACUCAAAUCCAACAAAUUCUCACGGUAAAAGCCUGUGGAGAAGAUCGCAGGCUUAUGACAUGAAAGGGUUAGCAAAAGAGAGCCUGAUGGACUGCAUAAUGUUUGUGGAUGGUGGAAUGAAGAUGGAGGGCGGCAAUGGAAUGGGUGAGAGUAAGAGAAUCAAGAUCCCAUAUCAUGCAGCUAGAAUGAUUAGCAAGCAGAUGGAGGCAGCAUGGCUUUUUGCACCAGCUAGAUUAAAGAAAUUGGCUUCAAGUCAAGUGAAAAAAGCUGAAGAUUCUUCCAACAACAGUCGUGAGGGCCAUGGAAUUACCAUCAGAACCAUGACUAAAUAAACAAAUCGUAUCUGGUACGCAACUAGUUUUAUAUUUAGUGGCCAACUUUCGUUAAACAAAUUUUGGAGUAAUCAACAUGGGUUUGUAAACUUAAUCUUUCAAAUAUUGAAUUACAUCACUCAUGUUUAACAUUUU